GUCUUGAGGAAGCCACACCCCAAGUCUCUGCAGCUACUUUUUCGCGGCUGCCGCACAUCCGAAGGCGCCGGAUUGGCUGUUGGUCCUGGCCUUGGCUCAGGGGACCGCGGUUGAGGAAGAGUGCCAAAAAGAUGGAUGAAACUGUUGCUGAGUUUAUCAGGAGGACCAUCUUGAAAAUCCGCAUGACCGAAAUGAUGACAAUCCUAAAAGCCUGGAACUUUUUGUCUGAUAAUGAACUGCAGACCAUAAACUUUCGGCAGAGAAAGGAAUCUUUGGUUCAGCACUUGAUUCUGCUGUGCGAGGAAAAGCAUGCAAGUCUCAAUGAUGCAGCCCUUUUAGACAUCAUUUAUACUCAAGUUCAUCAGCAUCAGAAAGUUUGGGAUGUUUUUCAGAUGAGUAAAGAACCAGGUGAAGAUGUUGAUCUUUUUGAUAUGGAACAAUUCAAAAGUUCAUUUAAGAAAAUUCUUCAGAGAGCACUGAAAAAUGUGACGGUCAGCUUCAGAGACACAGAGGAGAAUGCAGUCUGGAUCCGAAUUGCCUGGGGAACACAGUACACGAAGCCAAACCAGUACAAACCUACUUACGUGGUGCAUUACUCCCAGACUCCAUAUGCCUUCAUUUCUUUCUCCCGGCUGAGAAGCAAUAUACCCCUUCUGGGUCAGGCACUGACAAUUGCUAGUAAACACCAUCAGAUUGUGAAAAUGGACCUGAGGAGCCACUAUCUGGACUCUCUGAAGGCUAUUGUUUUUAAGCAGUAUAAUCAGACCUUUGAAAUUCACAACUCUACAACACCUUUAGAGGAAAGAAGCCUUGGACUAGAUAUAAAUAUAGAUUCAAGGAUCAUUCAUGAAAACGCAAUAGAAAAAAACAGAGUCCAGAGAGUAACUCAAGAAACUUUUGGAGACUACCCUCAACCACGACUGGAAUUUGCACAAUACAAGCUUGAGACGAAGUUCAAAAGUGACUUAAAUGGGGGCGUCUUGGCUGAGAGGCAAGAACCCCUCCGGUGCCUGAUAAAGUUCUCGAGCCCACACCUUUUGGAAGCAUUGAAAUCCUUAGCACCAGCCGGUAUUGCAGAUGCACCACUUUCUCCGUUGCUCACUUGUAUACCCAACAAGGGAAUGAAUUAUUUUAAAAUUCGAGAUAAAUAAGCUAGAUGUGACCUUGUAAGCACAGCAAUUCCCUAACUACGUUGCACACACGUUGUAGUUAAUGGCUAGCUCUCCAGCUGCUGUCCAUAGGCUUGUAUUUUAGAAAUUAACUCCUUGCCAUUGAAAAUUUAGAACUAUUUGUAUAAUUGUUGGGCCUGAUUCCUCCACUGUGUGCCCCCCACCCCCGUACAUCCUGCUAAGUACAGCAGUUGUGGGGCAUUGAAAUGGGACAGGCCAUACAUGGCUCCAGGCUGGACCCUGAGUGCCUGAAUGCCCUAAAGUCACGCAUGGCACAGUGGUUGGCCCUUUCCCUGCUCCAUCCUGGGGAGGUCUGGUUCCAAUCGCUGACUUCCAGGGAUUGUUUUCUUAAUCGCAUCAUGGAAAAAAGCACCAAGAAACCAAACCCAACUCAGCACUCCCCCAGAGAACCAAAGCUGCUCCAUUCAGAGAGGAGUUGUACCAGUUCACUUCUUACAAUAGGAUAUAGCAGCAGAUAAGGUGAUUCAGUUCAUAUGAUGUAAGUGUUUCAUUGUAAAUAAACUGAAUAAUCUGUUUUAUUAUAUGUAUGACAUUCAAACUGACUAAUACCAUACUGAUUUGGGAAUAAAGAUAUUUAAAUACGGAUA